AUGCGCCCCUUCACCAUUCUAGCUGCGCUUCUAGGAGCAGCUGCGGCCUCUCCUAUCUCAAUCUUCAACCGUGCUCCGGCUACAGACCCUGAUGGCUUCACCCCGGCAACACCUGGUGGAAUAGAGGACAUCGUCAUCACCUCCAAGAACACUCUGAACGCCACAGCUCCGUCGCCUGAUGAGACAACUACAAUCUCAGCCCGCGCCCUCACAGCCAACCUGCCCAUGUCGUUCGUCAAUAACUUCUCUGGGGGCAAAGUCAACGCUUACAUCCAGGGUCUGGACUCGGAUGGACGCAUUGUCUUUGUAACCUCGGGCGGCAAGCUCGUCUACCCGUCGUCCGGCGGGUCCACUGUCCCGGUCAAGAUCAACGCCGACCUCGCCAUCCCCAUGAGCGGCAAGGGCAGUGCCCUCAACUUCAACCUCCCCAUCGUCUUGGAGUCGGGCCGGGUCUACUUUGCCGAGGGCAACCUGCAGUUCUUCAUGGUCAGCAUCGGCGGCGGCAAGGACGGCCUCGUCCAGCCCUCGGCCGCCAACCCCUCCGACCCCAGCGCCAACAUCAACUGGGGCUUCGUCGAGUUCACCUUCACCCGGGACAAGGUCGUCUUUGCCAACAUCUCGUACGUCGACUUUGUCGGCCUCUCGCUCGGCACCAAGCUCGAGGUCAACGGCGGCGCGACCCAGGCCGCCCAGGGCCUCGUCACGGGCGCCGUGCAGAGCAUCUGCAACGACCUGCGCGCGCAGCAGAACGCCGACGGCCGCGCCUGGGCGGCCCUCUGCGUCGCCGACUCGUCCGGCAGGCCCGUGCGCGCCCUGGCGCCCAUCCUCUACACCGACAUCAACCCCAACACCUUUGCCAACUACUGGCAGGGGUACGUCGACCAGGUCUGGUCCGCGUACGCGAGCAGGGCCCUGACCAUCGACACGCAGAUGAGCGCCGGCAAGAUCCAGUGCAGGGUCGCCAACAACGUCAUGACCUGCCCCGGCGACAACAAGUCGUACGCCAAGCCCAGCGCCAAGGACAUCUGGGGCUGCAACAGCGGGCCCUUUGGCAAGGACGGCAGCGAGAACGCGGUGCACCUGGCCGUCAUCCCGCGUCUCUGCGCCGCCUUCUACCGGUCGACUCUGCUGCUGGCCGGUGGCGAUGUGCAGCCCUCGCUCCCGUCGUCCAAGUACUACACUGUCAACCCCACUAGCCACUAUGGCCGCCUGGUGCACAAGUAUGAGCCUGAUGGGAAGGGUUACGCCUUCUCCUACGAUGAUGUCAACCCUGAUGGUGAGAAUGCCUCUGGCACUGUCUCUUCCGGCAAUGUCAAGCUUCUCACAUUCACCAUCGCUUGA